AAUUGUAAAAUAUCUCCCUCUUUCUGUUUGGUUACCGAGAAAAAAAAAAAUCAACAAAUUCAAAAUCCCCACAAAGCUUUCUAAACCGCCAAACAGAGUUCGUAUCUUUUAAUAUGGCAUUCGUCCUAAACCACGGCGCCAGCUUCUCCUCUCAUUUCUUCAAAAUCUCAAGCAUCAAAAAUCACCGAAGAACCAGUUAUGGAAAAUAUACUAUGGCCAUUAAUAAGCCAACGGGAAAUAAGGAACUUUGCAAAGAUUUUGAAUCUUUGAAAUUUACUCUUGUAAAUACUAUAGCAGUGGCAAAUUUGGUUGCCAUUGACUCUGCAAAGGCUUUAAGUGAAGAUAAUAUCUUGGAACAAGCUGUUUCUCUUUACACUUUGGCUGAUGGAAGUCCUGGAGAUUGGUUUGGAGGCCUACUAUAUUCAGCUGGCCAGCAGGCUAAUGAAGCUGUUCAGGGCCAAUUAUCAGCUUUGAGUUUCACUAGUUUGGCUGUUAUUUUUGGGGCUGGUCUUGUAACAAGUCUUUCUCCAUGUACAUUAAGUGUUUUGCCUUUGACACUUGGUUACAUUGGUGCAUUUGGCUCUGGCAAGGGAAAAACUGAGAUUAUUGUGAAUUCAAUCGCUUUCUCACUAGGAUUAGCAACUACACUUGCACUCCUGGGUGUUGGAGCUUCCUUUGCUGGGAAGGCAUAUGGACAGAUAGGGCAGGGGUUGCCAUUGGCUGCUUCGGGUUUGGCUGUUAUUAUGGGUCUUAAUCUACUUGAGGUCAUUGAAUUACAACUUCCAUCUUUCUUUAACAAUUUUGACCCUCGUGCUGCGGCUGCCAAUUUCCCAUCGGGUGUCCAAGCAUAUUUAGCUGGGCUUACAUUUGCAUUAGCUGCCUCACCUUGCAGCACUCCAGUUCUGGCCACUUUACUGGGAUAUGUAGCCACAUCCAAGGAUCCAGUAAUAGGAGGCAGCUUACUGUUGACAUACACAACUGGCUAUGUAGCUCCUCUACUUCUGGCUGCUUCUUUUGCCGGAGCUUUGCAGAGUCUGCUGUCAUUCAGGAAGUUCUCAGCAUGGAUCAACCCAGUGAGUGGAGCUCUUCUACUGGGUGGAGGUAUAUAUACUUUCUUGGAUAGGCUUUUCCCUGCCACGAUGGCAAUGUAAAGACAUCUCUGCAAGUUUAGAUGUGAUUUUCAUUUUGGUCUAAGGUGACAUUUUCAGUUAAAUUUAAAACAUGAUAUGAACAGCUUAUGUUUAUUUUUCCUAAGUUGGAGGAUAUAUUAAAUUUCCAUUUUAAUAAGAUUGAAGGUUCCCAGACUCCUUGUACUUUGUUCAUAUUUUGAAAUGGAUGAAACUCGUUAACUGAUAAAAUAGUAGUCUUUGAAAAUU